AUGCAAGGAGCCCCUCAUGAAGAUACCACUCCGAGGCAUACAUGGACUUUGCAAGAAAGCUCGUGUACGGAAAUGAAGGUCGUUAUUGUAUCAUAUCAGUCCGGAUAUUACGAAACCCCCUUCUUCCAGACGCCAGUCCACCACAAGACAACGUACCAAAGAUGGCUGCUCGGGGAGAAAGAAUGGCUACGCGCCGACCCGAUCUGCGGCCAUCCAGCACCUUACUGGAAUUUCGAAUGGACGCUGCUCCCAGGCGGGGAGAGCGAAUCGGGAUUCACGCCCGCCAAUUCCGUCCUAACGUACCAUAGGGCACGCAUCAUGAUUCAUGGCCUAGCUCUAGUAAGUUUCUUCCAAAGAAGUGAUCGGAAAAGAACUUCCGAAGCGCUAGUUUCCUCACCCGUCUUUCGAACCACAAAGGCUGGCUGCUGGCAAGGUCGAGUGGUGAUUAGUGGCCAGCCCUCAGUUCCUGUUGGCCGAGGCGCGGAUCUUGGUUCUGGGCACUCGAGCCUGGCUCACAAGUUGAGGAGACAGACGUGUGGAACUCUCUCCUUGCAGAAAGCCACUUGGAAUCACCUCCGAGUCAGGCUAGUACCUGGUAUCAGCAAUGCGACAUCAAAGCAAAUCAGACUCGGUUCCUCACCCUCGACCGGUAAUCACACGUCAGAAGCACAACUCAAGCGCUGGGAUAAGAAUAUCGAUGACCCGUACGAUUCGCCGCUUUCUAGUGAGAAUUGGGGUACGGGGUUGACUAGGGUUGACUUCACUCAAGAACUCCGUGGAGUGAAUGGCGGCCAUGCAGAAACAGGCUGUCGCCUGCUCCAGGAGUGGACGACUGUGGAAGAUUGUACACUCCUGUAUACAAAUAAUAUCUCCGCAAAUUAG